UCCGCCAUCUUUUGUUUACAAGCGGAGGAGACUGGUGUUGAGAGGCGGCGGCGGCGUCAUGUGCUGUGUUUUUGGCUCUGUGGGCCCUUGAUACAAGCCCCUUGGUGCCCCCUGGUGCCCCCUGGUGGCCCCUGGUGCCCCUCACCACCCCAGGACAAAGAUGGGUUGCUAAAUUCAUCGGAACAAGUCGCACGUGCACAUGUGAACAAUGCAGACAUAUACCGAGUCGGAGUUUGCACAUAGUAUGUCAGUGGAUGGGCAGCUGGAAGUAAAUCAGCAAGUGCUGACAGAAGCACAGCAGAGCCUCAAUGGCUUUUGGCCUAAAGUUACAGAUGAGAUUCGGCAACUUACACAGACGUUGACUUUCUCCCAGACUGACCUUCGGCAACAAGAGUUACCAUUGGCGCGGAUAAAACGUAUAAUGAAGCUAGAUGAUGACGUAAAGAUGAUUAGUGCAGAAGCACCAGUCUUGUUUAGUAAAGCUGCGGAAAUAUUCAUCACAGAGCUCACCCUCAGAGCAUGGAUACACACAGAAGACAACAAACGGAGAACAUUACAGAGAAAUGACAUAGCUAUGGCAAUUACCAAGUAUGACCAAUUUGACUUUUUGAUUGACAUUGUACCGAGAGACGAGCUAAAACCUACCAAGAGUCGGGAGGAUGCCAACCGUGCCGGAGUUCCUACAGAUCAGCAUUAUUUCCAGAUAGCACAGCACUACCAGGCAGUGUUGCAGCAGUCCACAGCCAACAACAGCAGCAACAACUCUCAGAACUCUGUACAGCAAGCUUCUGUUCAGCCGCAGACUAUUCAGAUUGUUCAGACAGGAGGACAAGCUUCUGCAGUGCAGACAACUGGAACCAACGUAGCAUCAGCGACGCAACCUCAGCAGGGACCACAGAUCAUUCAGCUUCAGUCUCAAGCACAAGCGCAACAGAGCCAACAACAGGCGCAACAAACCACGCAGCAGACUGCUGGCGGAGGGAUUCAGAUUAUUCAGCAAAUUAUUGGACCUGAUGGACAAGUACAGCAAAUACCUAUCCAAUUGACCCCACAGCAGCUACAAAUGAUCAAACUACAGAUGUCUGGUGCCACUCAGCAGCCAAUCAUUAUUCAAACUGCUCCUAUACAAGCAGUGGCACAACAGGCUCAGACAGUGGUCACCACCCAGCCACAAAUUAUUCAGCUGCAGCAGAGUGGAGGUCAGCCCGUGUAUAUCACUCAGAGUCAGGCCCAGCAGCAGUAGUUGCACUUGUUGAAGUGAUGCUGAAUGUGCUGUCAGCUUCACAGAUACAAGUUCAAACUUUACAAGGAAUUAUUUAACAUGGUUAAAGUUAUGGUUAUUUCUUACCAAGUGCUCUUUUAAGGUUAUAAACAUGGUGGGCUGUUGGUCUGAAAGCUUUUGUGAAUGAUACAAGGGAGCAAAUGACACAAUUUAAGGAAUUAAGACUUUCCUCGGUCUGAUCUCUCACUCUUCCAGUGGCUCAGAAAAAAGGCAGUUCUUUGUAUCAUGAGUGAAACACAUAAGAGCUGCACACUAACUAGUUCUGGACAACUAGUUUUAACAUAUUUAUUAUUUUUCCCAGGUUUAUGUAAGUAAAGACUAGUUGAAAAGUUUCAAGACUAGACCUUUGGAAAAUGGCAAGAAGAGAGUUUGUAGCAGUGAGGAGUUGCUACGUGAAGUUUGUUGAGGGUUUGUGUGUAGACUGAUCCUGGAGCAUUACAGAUGUAUGUACCAGUGAUUUUCCUGGAGGAUUAUUUAUGCAAUAUAUUUUCAGAAUUCUAAACUCGCAUAUCAAAUGCAAGACUUGUAUAUAUAUAUAAGAUUAUUAACAGGCCAUUUUUUCAUUUUGAUUCAUAUUAUUCUACUGUAUUUUGAGGAAUGCACUUCUAUCUCUUAAAAUAUUUUGUAAAUUAUGGUAAUUUAAGCAAUAAAAUUAUCCUUUUUUA